GAACUUUUCGGUGGUGUCCUCAGCUUUCUCGGAUUAUUCUCGAACACACUAGGCAACGGAUCUACUACCACUUUGUAAACAUUAUGGUUCUCAAGGCGACUGUGAACUGUGAUAUGGGCGAAGGCUUCUCGCUUUAUAGCAUGGGUGAUGACGCCGCAUUGAUGCCUCUAAUUCAUCUUGCGAACGUUGCCUGCGGAUUCCACGCAAGCGAUUUCACCGUCAUGAGCGAGACCGUGCAACUCGCAAAGACGCACGGCGUCAGAGUAGGCUCACACCCUUCCCUACCAGAUAGGCAAGGAUUUGGUCGCAGAGAGAUGAAAAUGACCCCACAAGAGUUCGCUGACUGUAUAACUUACCAGACUGGUGCUCUAUACGGCUUCUUGAAGACGCACGGAAUGGAGAUGUCGCAUAUCAAACCUCACGGGAGUGCAUACGGCAUGUGUGCGCGCGAUCCCGAACUGGCAAAGGCAGCUGUAGGUGUCGCAAAGAUCUUUGGAGUUGCUUUUAUGGGUCUUGCGGGGACUCAGCAUGAGGUCGCUGCGAAGGAGCUUGGGGUUCCGUUCCUGGCGGAAUGGUUUGCUGAUAUGGAAUACACACCGGAGGGUCAAUUGAUUAUCACGAAGAAGCAUGACCCAGUCCCGGCAGAUGAAGUCCGACGUCGAGUCAUCAAGUGUCUAAUUGACGGUCAAGUCACCACUACAAACGGGUUCGUCCCUCUCGGCGAUGAUCUAUCCGAAGUUACCAUCUGCGUCCAUUCCGAUACCCCUGGGGCGGAGGACAUAGCCAAGAUCGUCAAGUCGCUCGUAGACGAGAUCAAUACGACUGGGAAAGCGUCAACAGCAUGAUCCGCCCACUAUUGAGGAGGACUCACAACCUCGUCUGCGCCUCUGAGUGAUUCUACGAGAUUUGUCUGAUUCAGAAUGAGGAAUCUGGUAAUGAACAGAUUUGUGGCCGAAGAGAUGACCAGAGCGAGAUGAAACAGAGAACCGGCGAAGUCUGGGAGAAGUUGUACGAGCAUGAUCGCGACCUUGUCACUAUGGAUUAACCAGGGCUAUGUUUAUUAUUUGUCGCCAAAUCAGCAUGGUACUAUUCAC